CAUAAUUGUUUUUUCCGUAUUGGACAAAUGACUUUGAGCUUAGUAGAGGCUCUCUCUUACGCUCAUUCACCUUUAAUUUACAUCAAAGUAAAUGUUUAAAUCUAGUACGUUGAUUUGUAUUCUCCCGCCAUAAGAACCGAUGUAAACGCCAUAUUUGCUGCGAAAUACUUUCACACUAAAAAUUUUGCAUGAGGUUUUACUUACAACAAAACAUACAGCAUUCAUACACAAUUCGGCUACCGUCAAAUACACACAUAAAGUGCCAAACAGUGCUAUUAUAAAAAAAACUUUUGCCGACUCUUUUCUAACGCGCGGUUAAAAUUCUCUUUUUUUUCAAUCAAAAAUUGUGACACAUAAAACAAUUGGUGUUUUGAGCGACAGAAUUGUAAAAUGUCGAAUAUCGUGUUGGACAAAGACACAUUUUUACGACGAAUACGGCGUCUUUAUAAUGGUUGGAAGAAUCCCGAACAACAAUACGAUGACGCUCUGUCAAAGGUUGAUUGUCUUAUGAUAGCCGUUGGAAAAGCCGAUGAGGAUACGGUAUACAGUAAAUCAAUAUCGCUUCACAUAUGGUUGUUUGGUUAUGAGCUAAAUGACACUAUUUGCGUGCUAACGCCAGACACAGCAUAUUUUCUAUCUGGUAAGAAGAAAAUUGAAUUCCUGAAGCCGGCCGAAAAUAACAAGGAGCGAGAAGAAAAUGAGCCCGAAAUUAAAUUGCUUGUUCGUGAUCGGAAUGACAAAGAUAAAGAGAAUUUCACAAAAUUGCUAAAUGUUAUGAAAUCAUCACGGAAUGGAAAAAAAGUUGGUGUAUUCAGCAAAGAUGGUUUUCUCGGUGAAUUUUGUGAAUCAUGGCAAAAGGUGUUUGGCGGACAUGGUUUUGAAAAUGUCGAUAUUGGAGCAUCUCUUGCAUACAUCAUUGCACCAAAAGAGGAUGCCGAACUGUCGACCAUAAAAAAAGCCUGUUUAGUUUCGGUUGAUGUUUUUGGAAAGUAUUUGAAAGAAUAUAUUUUGGAAAUUAUCGAUGCAGAAAAGAAAGUAAAACAUUCAAAGUUGGCUGAAGGUGUGGAACAAGCAUUGAGUGACAAGAAAUUUGUUUCUGGCGUUGACACAUCACAAUUGGAGAUGUGCUAUCCAGCCAUCAUUCAGUCGGGUGGAAAUUAUAGCCUCAAAUUCAGUGUUACCAGUGAUAAAAAUUACUUGCAUUUUGGUGCAAUUGUUUGUUCAUUGGGUGCAAGAUACAAAUCAUACUGUUCAAAUAUUUCACGGACACUAUUGGUCAAUCCAUCCGAAGUGGUUCAAGAGAACUAUAACUUUGUGUUAAAUUUGGAAGAGGAAAUUUUGAAGCGUCUUGUUCCCGGCACCAAGCUCAGCGACGUGUAUGAAGCUGGCAUGGAAUAUGCAAAAAAAGAGAAACCACAUUUGGUUGAUCGAUUGGUGAAGACAUUUGGCUUUGUAAUUGGAAUUGAAUUCCGUGAAAGUUCGUUGAUCAUUGGUCCAAAAUGUAAUGCUACCGCCAAAAAGAAUAUGAUAUUCAAUUUAACUGUUGGCUUAUCGGGAUUGAAUAAUAAAGAAGCAACCGAUAAAGAAGGCAAAUCGUAUGCAUUGUUUCUCGGUGAUACGGUUAUUGUAAAUGAUUCCGGACCAGCCAGCGUAAUCACACAAUCGAAAAAGAAAAUGAAAAAUAUCGGUAUAUUCCUUCGUGACAAUGAAGAAGGUGAAGAGGAUGAAGAGGAUGAAGAGCAAGAUGCCGAAAAUGGACAAGAAAUUUUGGGUCGUGGUAAACGAUCCACUGUACUCGAAACAAAACUCCGUUCCGAACAGAAUGCCGAAGAGAAACGCAAACAGCAUCAACGUGAAUUGGCUGAACAACUAAAUGCCAGAGCACAGGAACGACUUGAAAAACAAAAUGGCGUUAAAGAAACGGAAAAAGUUCGAAAAUCAACCGUUUCGUACAAAAGUGUUAAUCAAAUGCCACGUGAGCCCGAGGUCAAGGAAUUGAAGUUAUUUGUGGACAAAAAAUAUGAAACUGUUAUCAUGCCAAUUUUCGGGGUACCAGUACCGUUUCACAUUUCAACAAUAAAGAACAUUUCACAUUCGGUUGAAGGUGAUUACACAUAUUUGCGUAUCAAUUUCUUCCACCCGGGUGCAACAGUUGGACGUAACGAGGCUGGAAUGUAUCAACAACCAGACGCAACAUUUGUUAAAGAAGUGACCUAUCGCAGUACAAAUAUCAAGGAAUCGGGUGAAUUGUUGGCACCAUCAUCGAAUUUAAAUACAGCACAUCGUUUGAUCAAAGAUGUUCAAAAACGAUUCCGAACCCGUGAAGCUGAAGAACGUGAAAAAGAGGAUCUAGUGAAACAAGACACUUUGAUUUUAUCAACGAACAAAGGUAAUCCAAAACUGAAGGAUUUAUACAUUCGCCCGAACAUUGUGACCAAACGUAUGACUGGUGCGCUGGAAGCACAUACAAAUGGUUUCCGUUACACAUCGGUACGUGGUGAUAAGGUGGAUAUUUUGUACAACAACAUCAAAAGCGCAUUCUUCCAGCCAUGCGACGGAGAGAUGAUCAUUCUAUUACAUUUUCAUUUGAAACACGCCAUCAUGUUUGGCAAAAAGAAACAUAUCGAUGUACAAUUUUACACUGAAGUUGGUGAGAUUACAACCGAUUUGGGUAAGCAUCAGCACAUGCAUGAUCGUGACGAUUUGGCGGCCGAACAGGCUGAACGUGAAUUGCGAAACAAAUUGAAAACCGCAUUCAAAAGUUUCUGCGAAAAGGUUGAAUCAAUGACCAAAAAUCAAGUAGAAUUCGAUACACCGUUCAGAGAACUUGGCUUUCCUGGUGCACCAUUCAGAAGUACAGUCACACUACAACCGACGUCCGGCAGCUUGGUAAAUUUAACCGAAUGGCCACCAUUUGUCAUCACCCUCGAAGAUGUUGAAUUGGUGCAUUUCGAACGUGUUCAAUUUCAUCUGCGAAACUUUGAUAUGGUAUUCGUAUUUAAAGACUAUAACAAAAAGGUUGCCAUGGUUAAUGCAAUCCCAAUGAAUAUGUGCGAUCACGUAAAGGAAUGGCUCAAUUCAUGCGAUAUUCGGUAUUCCGAGGGUGUUCAAUCAUUGAACUGGACAAAGAUUAUGAAAACAAUCACGGACGAUCCAAAAGCAUUCUUUGAAACCGGUGGAUGGUCGUUCUUGGAUCCAGAAUCAGACAGUGAAGUUGAUGGCGAAGGUGAUGAUGAAUCGGAAGAAGAUGAAGUAUACGAACCCAGCGAUAUGGAAAGUGAAGAUGAGUCAGAUGAGGACUCCGAAUACUCUGAAGCAUCGGAAGAUGAAAGCGAUGAGGAAGACGAUGAUGAACUUGGCUCCGAUGAAGAAUCGGGCAAAGAUUGGUCCGAUCUUGAGCGUGAAGCAGCCGAAGAUGAUGCCAAUUACUCCAACAAACACGAGGAGGUCUUUGUUGGAAAGAAAAAAUCCAGCCACGAUCGUCACGACAAACAUAAAAGCAGCAAACACAGCAGAGAUUUACAGCACCGAAAGAAGAAAAAGACUAGUUCGUCGAAAAGCAGCAGUGGCCGUGAUCGCGAUCGACACAAUCACAGCAGCAGCAAAGAUAAACAUAAGCAUAACAGUAGCGGCAGCAGUCGUGACAAGAAGCGUUCCAGAGACGAUAGUCGCGAUGAGCAUCGUAGCUCGAAGAAGUCACGAAAAUAAACCACCACUUGACGCCGAUGAAACAACUAUGAAUAUUUUCGUUCUAUGAAUAAGAUUCAUUUGAUAAAUUUCGCACAGAAUCAUUUCAAUUUCAAACGUAAACCACACCAAUCUCAAUUUUUGAUAAAUUUAAGUGAUUGUGUGCAGCCGACAAUUUUGAUUAUCAUCAUAAAUUCCAAACUUGCUUAAGUUCAGUUUAUUAAUAAACAGUAUGAAGAACAA